AUGUGGGUUGAAUGUGGAAUGAUUGGUCAAUUUGUUGAUCGUUUAUUUUUGAAGCCGGCUGAAGUGAUUGAUGAAGUAAAUACAUGGACUAAACUCCACACCAAUGGAGUCAUCGAGCAUAUUCUUUCACACGAUUCUAUUGAGACUAUUCGUGGCAGCACACUCAUACUUGCAAAUGCAGUGUAUUUCAAAAAUGCUUGGAGCGAAAAAUUCGAUGCAAAGUUGACAAAAUAUAACUAUUUCAAGCUUCUUGACGGCACCUCAGUGAAAGUCCCAUUCAUGACCAGUCACAAGGACCAAUACCUAAGAGGCUAUGAUGGUUUCCAAGUGUUGCGCCUCCCCUAUGUAGAGGAUCAACGCCAAUUCUCUAUGUACAUUUAUCUUUCUAAUGAUAAAGAUGGACUACCUACUAUAUAUUGGGCCAUGUUAAUAUUGUUACGUUUAUGUAAAUUUGGUUUAGGUUAA